AUGUCAAUACAUGUAAUUGAAUUGGACAUGAAUUCAAUGAAAUAUUACAUUAUAUUGGUUCACAUCAUUGUUUUGGCCAAUAGUUUGGCAAACAGUAGCGAUAAAUUGAUUUCCAGUCAAUACUAUGCGGCCAAUUGGGAGUCGAUAGACGCCCGACCGCUGCCCGGUUGGUACGAUAGGGCAAAGGUUGGCAUUUUCAUACAUUGGGGUGUCUUCUCUGUGCCAUCGUGGAGUUGGAAGGGAGAACACGAGGAGGCCUACGACCAGUUCAUGGCACGUAACUAUUACCCGGGUUUCACUUACGCCGACUUUGCCCAUCAGUUUACCGCUGAAUUCUAUGACCCCGACUAUUGGGCCGACAUUUUCAAAGCGUCGGGCGCUAAAUACGUGGUACUGACGGCCAAACACCACGAGGGCUACACUAUGUGGCCGUCGAAGACAUCGUUCAGUUGGAAUGCGGUCGAUGUCGGCCCGAAUCGAGACCUUUUGGGUGAUUUGGCCAAAGCUGUCCGCAAAGCGGGCCUACGGUUUGGUGCCUAUCAUUCGUGGUUUGAAUGGUUUAAUCCGUUAUAUAAUGACGACAAACGCCACAAUUGGACGACUCAGCGCUUUGUCCAAUUCAAAGCGCGGCCAGAACUGGAAGAGUUGGUCAAUACAUACAAACCGGACGUGAUUUGGUCUGACGGCGAGUGGGAAGCGCUCGACACCUACUGGAAUAGCACCGACUUCUUGGCCUGGCUUUACAACGAGAGUUGCGCCGACCGUUACAAUCCGGGUGUACUUCAACUGCACAAAUGGGAGAACGCCAUGACUUUAGACAAGUAUUCGUGGGGUUAUCGACGAGACGCACAGCUCAGCGAUUAUAUAACUACACACGAAUUGGUCACUAUUUUGGCACAAACUGUCAGUUGUGGCGGAAAUCUAUUGAUAAAUAUCGGUCCCACACCUGACGGACGGGUUAUACCCAUAUUUGAGGAGCGUUUGCGAGAGUUUGGUUCGUGGCUUGCGGUGAACGGCGAGUCUAUAUACGCGACCAAACCCUGGAAAUACCAAAACGAUACCAUCGCUACCAAUGUUUGGUAUACACAGAGGUGUACGCAUAGAGCGGGCACUGUGUAUGCGAUAGUACUCGAGUGGCCGCUAAACAAUCGGUUGACUCUCGGCUCCGUUGACACCAGAAUUGUCGAUACAAUUCAAUUGUUGGGAACAAAAGGCAAUCUAGUGUUCAAAGGGUCGGGCACUUCAACUGUGGUCACUUUCCCGCAACUCUAUCCCGGAUCGCUAUCGCUCGCAACUGUUUAUCUUAUGAAUGAUUAG